CAGCCGGCGAUUCUUAGUACACUUCAGCUAGUUGGGCAGCGGGUAUUGAAUAGGUUAUGAAGAACAGUUCGACUAGUUGUAGCGUACGAUUCAGCGGCCGUUGCAGCUAGUUUCAACCAAAAGUAGCCGCAGCUAGCGAUUUACUGGGCGCUGCAGCUAGUCGGACAGCGGGUAUCGAAUAGAUUAUGGAGAACAGUUUGACUAGUUGCAGCGCCCAAUAAAUCGCUAGCUACACCUACUUGCACACUGUUUUAUACUGGAAAAAUUUCUUACCCGCUGCAGCUAGUAUUGAAGCGGGGUAGCGGGUUUGUCCCGCUGCAAUUAGCUGCACCCGCUAAAUUUUACUCUUUUAGGUAGCUGCAGUCAAUGGAGAAGCGGGCGCUUCAUCAGCAAGUGCAGCUAGCUUAUUUCGUAUGAAAUUUCAUGCUUGGGUAUGA